AUGACCGUUAACACAAAGAUAAUCAUGACAUUACCAAUCCAACUUGCAGCAAUUGGAGCUGGUCUCAUCUUUGCUUUUUAUUUAAUCUUCAAAGAUCGCAACAGACAACUGACUUAUACAACUGGUCCAUCAGGGGGUUAUGAUGCUGAUAACACCUACACAUAUAAACCACCCAGUUAUGAUACUCACCCUUUACAUACUGGUAACUCCUCCACGACAAAGAAUGAGUGUUGCAUAUGCCUAAUGGACCUUGGUGAAGGCGACCAGCCGACGAGGAAGUUGCGCUGCAAGCACGUUUUUCAUGAGGAUUGCAUCAAGACCUGGCUGGUCCAGGACCGAAUCUGCCCGAUCUGCCGAAAAUAUGCUUAA